CUGGCUUCAGGCUGUUAUAAAGUCCGUCAGACAAGCCACCACUUUGAUUUUCUUCAGUGUAACUACAAGAUAUUAGCAAGAUAGGCAGCAUGCACUGGGAAAAAUCGUCACCAUCAACACUAGCUCGAUCCAGACCGUAUCAGGGUGUUCGAGUCAGGGAUCCAGUCAAAGAGCUGUUGAGGAAGAAGAGGAGUCUGGAGCCACACACCUCCAAAAAAGCUCCCCCUGCAGAUGUGAUUGCACAGAACCACCAGUCAUCAUAUGCACAAGCCAUCUUCAGUUCUAACGUUACCGGCAGCUCCCCAGCUGAAUGUGUAGCUGCUGAUGGAGGGGUGCAGUACACAGCAUGGAAAGCUCCAACUGCUACUGCCAGCACUGGGCUGCAGUCUGCUAUGACUCCCUGGUGUUCAUCUGAAUACAGCCAGCAGGACGCCUCAGCUCAGAGUCUGCCCUACCCCACCACCCCAACCCUGACUGCUGAUGUGUAUAUGCAGGCUCUUUGCCCCAGUUACACCAUGUUGACAUACACUCACACACCACUGCUUACUAAUUUUGGGACCAUACCAGUGGCACCUGCACCAGCCUCCCUUCCUCAGAUGGACCUUCAAGACUCGGGGUUAACAUAUGUUCCUUGGGCUCAGCCCCUCACCACCAUAUCUACCAUGCCCAGCACAGGUGUCCAGUUUGGUGCUGGAUCUGCUACCCUGCCUGGUUCACCUCUAGUGCACAUGCCCUUGUCCAUGUCUUUGACCACCAUGAUUCCUCAGCUUGAAGCCCAGGUUGUAGACCCUCAGUCACAGAUCUUGGAGCUCCCCCAGCCUCCAGAGCGCCAGUUGGACCCUGAGCGUCAAGACCAUUCCCUGGAUGAAGAUCAGAGAGUAGAAUCUGAAUCAUCAAACCUGCUUUUUAAGCUUCUAGGUGACAAAAAGGGAGAUGGUGAAGAAGACGACAAAGACCCAUACAGCAGCUCUCUGUUCACUGUUUGAAAGUGAAAAAAAGGUGUUUUAAAAAAUGUAUUUUUACUUUUUUCACAGAAUCAGUUAUAUUGUGGUUUUAUACUCAACUUACCUAAUUGGUGUGGUAUGGAUGUCACAUCCAUACCAUAACAGUAUAUGCUGAAUGCUGUAGCCAAAGUAUCUACAUCAAGACCACCAGCUAAGAUAAUCAGGGAAAUCUAUGGCAUAUGUAAUUACAAAAAACAUGACUUGUAGAUAUCCUGUAUUUUAUUACUCUAUACAGUAUAUAAUAUUUAAUAAUUUACUCUGUCAGGAUGUAUGAUCUAUUCAAUCAUUCUCUGUUAAAUAGCCAAACAAAAGUUUUCUUUAUGUUAUGUUCAUUUGAGAAGGUGAAAAAGCAUAUUUUCUUUCUUCAUUCUUUCUUCAUUCAUUGUGUUAUUUUACGAUAUGAUGUACAUAAUGUAUCAGCCAAUUUUUAACCAUUGAGACAUUUAGAUUUUAGCUGAGAGUGACUUUUGUAUUUGAUCAGUGUUGUCUUCGUUAUUUUUUUUUUAUUAAAACAUUACUAACAUUAUAUUAAUACAUAAAUAUAACAUUUAAAAGCAAAAAAGACA